AUGGUGGCUCUGCGGAUCCCCAGAGGCCUUUGGACAGCAGCUUUGAUGGUGACACUGGCGGUGCUGAGCACCCCAGGGGCUGAGAGCAGAGACUCUCCACAGGAUUUCGUGUACCAGUUUAAGGGCCUGUGUUACUUCACCAACGGGACGGAGCGGGUGCGGCUCGUGACCAGACACAUCUACAACCAGGAAGAGUACUUGCGGUUCGACAGCGACGUGGGCGAGUACCGGGCAGUGACCCCGCUGGGGCGGCGGCAGGCCGAGUACUUCAACAGCCAGGAGGGCAAACUGGAGCGGGUGCGGGCCGAGGCGGACACGGUGUGCAGACACAAUUACCAGGUGGAGCUCACCACAUCCUUGCAGCGGCGAGUGGAACCUACAGUGACCAUCUCGUUGUCCAGGACCGAGGCUCUAAACCACCACAACCUACUGGUCUGCUCGGUGACAGAUUUCUAUCCAGGCAAGAUCAAGGUUCGGUGGUUCCGGAAUGACCAGGAGGAGACAGCCAGGGUUGUGGCCACCCCUCUUAUUAGGAACGGGGACUGGACCUUCGAGAUCCUCGUGAUGCUGGAGAUGACCCCCCAGCGAGGAGAUGUCUACAACUGCCAUGUGGAGCACCCCAGCCUCCAGAGCCCCAUCUCGGUGGAGUGGCGGGCACAGUCUGAAUCUGCCCGGAGCAAGAUGCUGAGUGGUGUUGGGGGCUUCGUGCUGGGGCUGAUCUUCCUCGGGCUUGGCCUCAUUGUCCGUCACAAGAGCCAGAAGGGACACUGUGGGCCCCUACCAGCAGGUGCUCUAUUUCUGUUCUGUGUCAGUGGGGAUUGUGGGGACAGGAAAGAUUCUGUCUGGCCCAGCCUCAGUAACAUGCACACCUUUCAGAAACAUCAUCCUGUACAUGGCAUGCAGACUCCUGGCAUUGAGCCCAUUCCCCUGAUUAGGAAAUGA